AUGUAUCGACUCGUUGUCUGUCUGGCUUCGAUUCCUCUACUCUAUUCGGCUCCGUCCGCUCCCUCAGAGCCUGUCGUCGGUUCGACGUCCGUUCCCCCAGAGCCUAUCGUCGAUACGACGUCCGUUCAACCUCUUGCCGGAUCUUUAUGGAAUCUUCGGCAAGUAAACAAAUAUGGUGAGUGGUAUUGCUUUGUUUGUUGCAGAUGUUGCAUGCAUCACGAUAACUGCUAUCGGGCUGCCGUUGACAAUAAGUUCUGCCGGGACACGGCAUUGGAGUACGUACUUGUCUACAACUGGCAGUGCACUAACAGUACGGCCACUUGCCUCGAUGCUGAAGGAACGUGUAAGAGAGCUUUGUGUGACUGUGAUACUGCAGUAGUCAAUUGCUGGGCGAAGCAACCUAGACCGAAACGAAAGUUACGAUGCAAUCGCACGAGGCCUGCACCGACGUCGUGUUACAACAAUUAUGGUUGUUGGUGUGGAAUUGGAGGUUCACAUGAGCCGAUCGACGAAAUUGACAAGUGCUGCAUGCUUCAUGAUAAGUGCUAUGAUGCUGCAGUUGAUAACAAGUUGUGCCUGGACGUAGCAUGGGAGUACAUAGAUAUCUACAACUGGCAGUGCACUAACAAUACGGCCACUUGCCUCGAUGCUGAAGGAACGUGUAAAAGAGCUUUGUGUGACUGUGAUACUGCGGUAGUCAACUGCUGGGCACAGCACCCUAAACCGAAUCGAAAAUUAAAAUGCAAUCGUUCGAGGCUUGCACCGAAGUCGAUAUAUUUCCAGCAUUAA